AUGACAAAGUUUAGAGGUUGUAUAGAUAUUCAUGCUGGUCAAGUGAAGCAAAUUGUCGGGGGUACACUUACUCAAGAUGAUACGGCAGUAGAGGGAGAUACCACUACGGAAAACUUUAUCAGUAAUCGACCUUCAUCAUACUAUGCUCAACUAUAUAAAGAUAAUGGGAUUGAAGGAUGUCAUGUCAUUAAGCUUGGAAGUAAUCCUGCCAAUGAUGAGGCUGCCAAACUAGCAUGUUCUACUUGGCCUCAUAAAUUACAAGUGGGUGGAGGUAUUAAUAUUGAUAAUGCUCUACAAUGGUUAGAUGAGUAUGGAGCAUCACAUGUUAUAGUGACUAGUUGGUUAUUUAAUGAGUCUAAAGAGUUUGAUUGGGAUCGAUUAGCCCAUAUCUCUAGUUUAGUAGGUAAAUCACGACUCAUAGUGGAUUUAAGUUGUAGAACAGUUAUUGUUAAUGGACAAAGUCAAUGGGUAGUAGCCAUGAAUAAAUGGCAAACAUUAACGUCUACAGUAUUAUCAGAAUCAGUAUUUGCUAAGAUAUCCCAAUAUUGUGAUGAAUUUCUUAUCCAUGCUGCUGAUGUAGAAGGAUUAUGUCAAGGUAUAGAUGAGAAUUUAGUAAGUAAAUUAGGAGAAUGGUGUCCAGAAGGGUUUGAAGGAAAGAUUGUAUAUGCCGGAGGAGCUAAACUGAUACAAGAUUUACUGGUUGUUCAUAAACUAAGUCAUGGUAAAGUUGAUUUAACAUAUGGAAGUGCAUUAGAUAUAUUUGGCGGUAAAUUAGUUAAGUUUGAAGAGCUUGUACAGUGGAAUAAAAGUAAAAAUUAG